AUGCUGACAUCUGCAGAUAGUUCUCCACCAGUUCGAACCGUCUCGCAAGUCGCAAAACGAGUUCUGUCUUCUCCUAGCUUCUCGCAAAGCUCGCGGGGUGCGACCCGCUUCUAUUCUCCCCCUCGGGCAUCUGCCAAACAAGAGACACCUCACAAACGCGCGCCGAAUGCUUCGCCGAUCAGAAAUAGUGAUAGUACAGCCAGCUUCGUGCAUAGCUUUAGCUUUGAGUCCUUGAACGACGUCAAAGCAAAACUCGUUCGGAUAGAGGAGCUCUGGCAAGAGGCAUUGUACGAGGAUAGUGGAUAUACUCCUGUUGUGCUUGAUGGAAAGGAAGGCAGUGAAGCCGGCAUGGCGGCGCCCCUGAGUAUGCUCGGUAAUGGACCGUCUGGCUGGGCGGAACGCGAGCGGUCGUUCCAGUGCUUGAAGGAAAUUAUUGAAGCAAUGAUUUCGGACGAGAUGAGACGGCGCGAGGAAGUAAUACUCCAGAUUGAGAGACUUUCGAGUGAGAUACGCUCGUACUGUGAUACCACAGGGGAGAGCCUUGAUCAGUAUAUUGGAGAUUCUCAUGCACCAAUAACCUCUAUCUAUCUACAACGCGGAGAACUAGCACAAAAGCAUAAUAGUUUACGUCAGCUUAUAUCACAACGCCAGGAAGAACACAAAAUGAUUUGGAACCAAUGCGUCGCUCUUCGCGAAGAAUUGGAAGAUUUUGAAGAGGAUGAAGAUAAUAUGCCAAGUUCGGAAUUGACGCUGAGUAGUCUUGAGAAAGCACGCCGUAUACUGAAGGAACUUGAAACUGAGAAAGUGUUACGCAUAGACGCUCUCAGCCGAUCAGCAGCGCAACUAUUAUGUCUCUCUUGUGAACUUUCCCAGUCGGUACCGGAGCCAUUUCGAUCACCCUUAGACAACUUGUGCGACGGCGUUUCAAUUGCCAUUCUUUCGCCCGAGCAUAUUCGAUCUGCAUUAGUGUCGAAAGGCAUCCGGCCACCCUUGAGUUUGUCGCGCAAAUUUAUUUGCGAGCUCAAGGAUGCUAGUGAGCGCGUUCGAGUUGAACAUGAGCUGUUGAUGAAAAAAGUCGACAACUUGAUUCGAGAAAUCGAGCUCUUCUGGGAUCAACUGGAUAUCCCGAAAAGCCACAGGAAAGCCCUUCGGAGAAGCAUAGAAUGUAUCGAUGAGUACACGGCGAUAUCUGAUGAUUUGCGUGUAAAAUGGAAGCAAAACAUGGAGGAGAAAGUUGACAGUUUGCUCAAGCGGGCUGAGACACUCUGGCAGCAAUGUCAUGUUCCGCAUGAUGAACGCAGACGAUUUAUGGAUAACAUUAAAGACAAUCCUUAUUCGCCAUUGACUGUCGAGAUUCUAUGUCAGGAAAUUGAAAUCUUAGAGAAGCGCUAUGAAGUGCACCGGUCCUUGUUCAAGAUGGUGGAGGAUCGAGUGGCGUUUAUCCAGAAGAUGAUUGAUUUUGAGAAAACUGCGUCCGAUCCCAAAAGGCUAUUUCGACCGUCGUUCCGUCUUGUGGAAGAGGAGAAGUUCCGCAAGACAUGCUAUCCUACACUAUUAAAAAUGGAGGAUGCGCUGAGAAAGGGUGUACAGGCGAUGGAAGCAGAAACGGGACAGCCAUUCAUUUGUAAUGGCACCCGAUUCUUAGAUUCCAUGUCGCGCGAGAUUUCAGAGCGAUUUGUUAAUGCAUCUGUUUUCGUCCUUGAUCACGGUUCUACUUCUUCAGGAAUCACGGGGACCGGGGGCGAGAUCGCAGGCUCGAACACUCGCUUAGUUUCAUCUCCCAGGUUCCGGCGUACGUCACAAUCGAAUCCUCAUUUAGUGUCAUCGGGAAGCAGCAAAACCAUGUCCAGCGUGUCGCGAUCCCGUCCUCAUACUCCACCGUCUAGCCUCCGUAAAAGUAGUUCCGGCAAUGAUUUAGCGGCGUCCGCAUCGAAGCACGAAUCGAGGGCCAGCAGUCCUACACCAUCGCGAAACGGCGGUGCCGUGGGAACAUCCGGCAGAAGCUGGGGAAAGCGCGAUAGAGUUUCAGGACAAGUGGAGGAGUCAACUCAGCGACCACCACUCGCCACAGCACCCAAGAAUGCUACUGCGAAGGUGAGCCCUGGGGUUGUGCCGAAUGGUGAAGCUCGACACACCCAGAAAUGA